CUGUUCUCGUGAUCCGUGGCUUCCCAUACUGAGUGUUGUGUUAAUCCUCGACGGUCCCAUCGAUCUGUAGAGGUCCCAUGUAGCACAGGCAGCUCAAAGGAAGCCCCAGGUUGAGAUAGGUGAUCAGGACCAUCAAGUCACCAAACACUUCUGUUUGGUUCUUUCCUCUCAGUUUUUCUUGUAUGAGACACCACUGUUGAUCUCAAUAGAAGCCUACAGCAGGGAAGAGAGAGAUGGGAAACUGCAGAAGGAAUGGAGCCGUGAGACAGUACAUUAGAUCGAAGGUUCCUCGGUUGAAAUGGACGCCUGAGCUCCACCAAUGCUUCGUUCAUGCCAUAGAAAGGCUUGGAGGCCAAGACAAGGCCACACCUAAGCUUGUGCUCCAGUUGAUGAAUACUAGUGGACUAACCAUAUCCCAUGUCAAGAGUCAUCUCCAGAUGUAUAGAAGCACGAGGAAUAACAUGGGCAGGCAAGCAGAGUUCCAUGGAAGAAAGCAUUCAUGCCAAGGCAAUGAUGAAGGUGCUGAUGAGCAAGAUGAUCUUGGUUCUACCCAAGCUUGUGACCCAACUGAGGAGUUCCAGUAUCAACCGAUGUACUCUUCUCUUCCCCUUCUGAAAAGGGCUAGGUUGGAUGCACAACCCAACUCCAAAAGUGGGCAAUGCAGUCAGCAAAUCUGUGAGACAGUCACCUCCCAGUACUGGAUUGGUAAUUGCAUGCAAACCUUAGCUGUGGAUAGGGGAAUAAAGGAGGAGGGUAUCAGCUGGCAAAGGGAUGCUCUGCAGACUGAGGACAUGGCAGCUGAUCACCCUACCAAGCUCAAAGUUCUUGGAUACAUGGUGGAAGAAUCUGACCCUUUUAAGACCACUGUACUGAAUCGCCAGUGUCUCAGAUCUACAGAAGAGUUCAUGUUUACAGAGGUGUACGAGAAUGGGCAUCUGUCAUACAAAUCCCCAUCGUUGAGCAAUGAGUUCGUGGAGAGCAAGGAAACCAAUGGUUGUUCUCUGUCACUGUCCUUGUCAUUGCAUCCAUCUCAAAGGAACAACUCAUCAUCAAGUGAAGGAAGCUGUGCAUUCUCUUCUUCCUCGGGGAGAAACUUCAAUGAUCACUCACAUUAUUCUGUCAGUCAUAACAGAGCUAAUCUGGAGCUCUCCAUGUCGAUCUGCGACUCUUGAAUUGCAUCACUUACAUAUCUUGUUCUUCAAUUUCUAUUUUUUACGAAUCCUCUUCUUACAUUGUUUCUUUUUCUAUGGCUUGAUUUACUGAGUUAAAAUUGAUAGGUUGCUGCAA